AUGAAGUCUCUUUGGUCUUCUCCCAACAGUAACGAGGAAGAAGAGGAGAUUACUGUACCUGAUCCCAACUCGUCUGUUUCUCCUCCUAAUACUCCUUUUGAUCCUUUUCGAUCGCAGAUGUUGCUCUCCACUAGAACCUCUUUGGCUGCUCCUGAUGGUCCCCUGUACCCAGGUGAUCUCCUGGUGGAGACAGGUGCCACGGAAGACAGAGACAAGCAGAGCGAUGAUGAUGAUGAUGACGAUGACGAUCACCCGUUCAAUGACUCAAAGAAUAACAAGGAUGGUGAUGAUGCCUGGAGUGAGUCUCCCAGCAACCUCGACUUCUCCAUUUCCAGUAUGGAUAUUGAACGCGGUAUCCGUAACGGUGCUAUGCAGAAUAUAGCUUUUGAGUACGUGUACAGCACUUUGUACGACUUGGUGUAUGACAUCUGUACGUGGCCCAGGCUCCUACUCAGCUACUGCCUAGGCAUGUUUGGCUUGACGCGAAAGAAGAACAAUGAUGCUGACGGACCAUUGCCACCGAAUGGCAACAAUCAUGUACAAGACAUGGCUGUAGCAGCUUCACAAUCAGCAGCCAUUGGAAUAGGAGCAGUAGUCAUGGCAAGUCAGUCGGCUGCUGCUGGAGCUGGGGCAUCCUCCAUGACAGCUGCUGUCUCGGCUCUUUCCACGCCUACCAAGAUUAGCAUCAUUGUGGCGGCAGCCAUCACAGUGACUGCUACUACUGCAGGAAUUGCCACAGGAAUCAGUGGUGGCAGCGACAACAUUGUUGGCCCCUGCGCUGUUAGCAUUGAAACUACUGAUGUCAAGCAAGGUGUCCUGCUAAUCGCUUUUUCUUCAUCAGAUCCAAACAUUGCCGUUGCCACACCUUCUACCGGCGAAUUGCUCUUAGAGAACAAAAAAGAGCUCGAAGAUAUUUUUGCUCAAGUCUACAACAAUGUCACUGCGGAUUCCAUCAAUGGUGCCCUAGUUGAUCAAUGUGACACCCCCCAUAUUCCAACUGGUGGUGUCCAGCUGAUGCAGGUUGAGUCGUCUGAAGAUGACAAUUUUACCAAUACCUUUUGGGUUGCCGAUGUGCAAUGCAAUGGAUGCUCCGACACAGACCCACUUUUUGGAACCGACACGGAAGGGAGUCCCCAACUUGAUCUUGCGGGGACUGUUGUUGAUGAUUUUGUUGACCAGUUUACUCGAGCUAUACAACCCAUUCUGACUACAAAUGAUCCAACACAAGAAACUGACCCAAUGACCAGCCCACCACAGCCGGAACAAGAAGACCCACCAACAGACAUUUUGUUUGUGGCACUGGUGGAUCCAACGACAGGAGAGAUUCUCCCAGAACAGCCACAACGGCUGGGACCUGGUGAUCUGAUUGAGCUGCUUCCAAGCUUAGACACAAUUUGGAAUGAAAACACAAAUGGCUCAGAACAAGACAGACUAGUACCAGGUUCUCCUUCUUCAACCGUUGUAUCUGCUCCUACAGCCACUUCCAACGUAGGGCCGCCUGCUGCUAUAGAUGCCAAUCUUCCUACCGCAACUACCAGAACAGAGUCAAAGCCUACCCCAACUGCAGCUGCACCCACAAACACUGGAAUCAUGGAAUCAAGUUCCAACAAUGAGAUGCCCAAUGUCCCACCAGCAGCAGGAAGUGGAGUAUCCAAUCAGGGAGCCACUAUUGGUCCAACUGUUGUUUCUGGCCAAGCCAGUUCUGUUGCCACCAACCCCAUUGUUACCAAACAACCAAGCGGUAAUGCUGGCACUUUUGCUCCAGCAGCAACAAGUCCAUCAUUCUCAAUGGCCAAUAAAGAUCAAGUUACAACCAAUGGCAACCAGCAGCAAGAACAAGAGCCAUCCUAUGAGCCAAACUCAUUAGCACCAGCUACCGGUGCAUCAAGCUCCAAUCCCAUGUUGCCAUCCAUUGUGAUACCAGCGUCAACCCCAGCCAAUGGCAAUACAUCACCAAGUGUGGCUCAGCCAAUGGCCCCUUCUAAUGUGGACCAGACCAACACCCAACCCACAGCAAGCGUUCCAGCCCCUACUCCUAAUCGUCCCACUGAUGUUACCGUUCCCCAGGCACCAAAACAGGCUCCAUCACCUGCAGGCAUUCCAAACAUAGGCCCAGUCAGCCCGAAUGCUAAGAUGCCACCAACACAGCUAACAACCAAUUCUCCCGCAACCCUUGGAAAACCCACAAAAGAUAUACUGACAAUGGCUCCAACAAGCAAGAUGCUGUCAGCAGAGACAUGUGCUGGCAACCCUUACUCCAUCAAUGAUGAAAGCAUUGAAUGA